AUGGGGUCAGCCUCACCUGCACCAUCGUGUAGCGGGGGGCACUUGGAGCACUUCGCCAGGGGUCCCCAUGACCCGCGUGCUGCUCCAGACCCCGCAUGGAAGGGCCCUCAUUGGCCUCCUGCCGCGGUGGCUCCGUGGGUAGGCUUUUUGGGCCUCUGGAUGGCUUCCAAGUGCCCCACGUAUGAGCCAUUAUGUGGUCGUCGAUAUUUUGUGGCGUGGAUAGUCAGAGCAGGCACCACAGAGGUGGUCAAAUCUACAGAAAGGCAGAAAUGUAUUGAAGCCGGCAGCAGCCAUGCCUGUCUGACUUGGAAUCCAAAUCCAUUUAAGGCUGAGACCAUAUCAGGCUACACAAUUUACAGGUGUGAUGCAAAUGUGGUUGUGUGGCGUAGAGACGGCCAGUUAGUGGCAAUGGUGGACGGCGAUUGCAGGGAUUACACGGACCGCCCCUUAUUGGGUCUAAGAGUGUAUUCGUAUUUUGUUUGCGCCGUGAACCCAGAGGGUCAGGAAGGCCCUCCAUCUGACUGCGUUCUCGCGAGGACAUCAGAACCGGGGAAGCCAUCGGCUCCACUCAACCUUGUCUGCAUAAACAGAACAGAAAACAGGAUAGAAAUCUGUUGGAAACCUCCAGCUGAUCACGGGGGUGCUCCGGUGCGAUUCUAUCGGGUGUAUAAAGACGGGGUCCCCAUUGCAUUUUUGCCAGCUGUGGGACCCCAGGAACACAAAUACACUGACGUGGCAGUAACGAAAGGCGACACCCACCGCUACACUGUUUCCGCAUGGCACGAUUUGCCUCCUCCGGACUACAAUGAAGGAAAGAGCAACAUCGAUUACAGCAGAAGCAACGGCUUCUUUAGGAUAUUUUUGCCGGCUGCAGUUGAGGGACUUCACAGCGACCCGUUGGACGCUCGUGCUGAAACGCGACUGGAAGGACCUCGACUAGACGAUGGGAAGGGGCAUAUAAUGCUGCAGGGGUUUAAUUGGGUCAGCGCACAGAAUCCCACAGGCUGGUACAACGUUCUUUGCAGCAAACUUGAGGACAUAAAACGGCUUGGAGUUUCCAUAAUUUGGUGUCCUCCACCCACAGAAUGUGUUGGAUUGGAAGGAUACAUGCCCACCAGAUGGUACUCGUUGAACAGUCAUUACGGGACGGCAGCGGAGCUGCAACAUCUGAUUCGAACCGCUCGGGAAUCAGGGUUGGCUUGCUGCGUUGACUUGGUGGCCAACCACCGAUGUGGCACGCGGCAAGACAGCCGGGGGCACUGGACAAUUUUUGAAGCUCCUGACUGGGGCCCUUGGGCGGUGGUAUGCAACAACCUGCAGGGCUACCAUGGGGAAGGAGGCAAAGACACCGGCGUGAGCGUGGAUUGCGCACCGGAUCUUGACCAUACAAACCCUCAAGUGCAACGAGACAUGAAGCUCUGGACCCAGUGGCUCAUGCGAGACCAAGCCUUUGUGGAGCACCUGGGUCGGCCGUUCACGGUAGGGGAGUAUUGGCAUGGCGAUACACGGGCUCUUGUGAACUACGUCAGAGCCGCUGGGGGCUCUCUGGCUGCCUUUGACUUUGCAUUUUACUAUCAUCUGCAACGCGCAGUAGAAACAGGCGACUUCGGCAUUCUUAAUGCCUGCGGAAAUCUCAACGGUCUCGUCGGCAUAGAACCGCAGCUCGCCGUUACCUUUAUUGAAAACCAUGAUACCGAUCACCUGGAGUACUGCCGUACCUUCUGCAACGGGGAGCUUGACGGAGUUCUGCAAGGUUACGCGGUCAUUCUCACGCACCCGGGAGUUCCUUGCAUCUACUGGAACCACUACUCAGAUUAUGGCCCAUAUUGUCGGGCAAAACAUGGGCUGUAUGCGGCGUACAUCUCACCCAAGGACCGCUGGUGCCACCCCCACAGUGCAAGUGUGGCGAUAAAGAUCGGAUGGCUAGACUGGCACCCUGGACCGGGAAAUUGGCUCAUCGCAUCCUUCGGUCACAACUUCUGUGUGUGGACACAGUAA